GAUGUGCCGAGUACCGGCGGCGACACUACCGGGUUUCCCGCCAACAUGGCAAAGAACUUGGCGCUUGUGUCGUUUCCCGCCAAGUCCCCGCGGCAACCUUGUAUGGCGCAGCGAAGUUUUUGUAUGGCGGUAUAAGAGGAGAGUUUAUUCCGCCGUUUUUCGUGUCGGAUCUUACGCUGGAAAUUGAGCGUCGAGAUGGGGCAGUCGGACGAUAUCGAGGAUUCGACCUACAGCCGGCAUCAGGAUCUCUGCCAGAAGCUAAAUAUGGACGCGGUGGCUGCGUCCGAGGCUUGGAAAUCCUACGAAACUAUACGGCAGAACUACACUCUCGAGGGUGACCAGUUGCACUGGAUAGGGUGUGCAUUGUACGUAGCCUGUAGAAAGUCCUCCAUACCCACAGUGGGCAGGACAGGCGCCAACGUAGAAGGCAAUUAUGUGUCGCUGACGCGUCUCCUGCAACUGUGUAAUCUACCAUUAAUAGAGUUCUUCAAAAAGAGCAAAUCAUGGGCAGACAUGGCCAAUAUGCCGCAGGACUUUCGCACCAAGAUAAAGAAGCUGGAAGGGAAUUUCUCGGUCUCUAUGGUUAUAUUUAAGAAAUACCAACCGAUAUUCACGGACAUAUUCAAAGACCCAAGGGAGGACAUCUCAAGGCCUCCUAGAUCGAGGAGACACAAGGCAGUGCCUUGCACACCCGUUAGAGUCUUUGAAUUCUGUUGGACGUUAUUUAUAUGUAUAAAGGGUACAAUCCCCGACAUCUCAGACGAUCUUGUUAAUUCCUAUCAUCUUCUGUUUGUCUGCUGUGAUCUCAUCUAUAGCAAUGCUUUGUUAGCGAAUAGGAAGGAUUUGUUUAAUUCUAGUUUCCCUGGCUUGCCGGCAAAUUUCAACGACGAGAACUACACUCCGCCGCAAACGGCAGACUGUAUCGUCAGUUUGUUGUGUGAGCGUCACGAUGCUAUUCCUCUCGAGGCUAAACUAAUCAAGGAAUAUUACAUGAAGAAUUACAUCAACAAACUCUUCAAUGAGAAAAUUCUACGUGGCGAUCAAUCCAACUUCUCCGGUAUACUGGAAGCUGUGAACUUCGAUGGUAACAGCAAAGCAAUUAACAAGGCUUACGAGCAACGUGUCCUGAGUGUUGGAGAUUUCGAUGAGAGAAUAUUCUUAGGUCACGACGCUAGUGAGAAUAUCGGCUCGUCCACGCAAAUGAUGAACAUCGACGAUUUCCACGAACAGUUGCAGAUGAAGAAAGAACAGCACGCCGGGCAGAUACAAUAUUUGGUGCCUCCUACGCCACUGACCGGCCGUAGAUAUCUUCGAUCCAAGGAUAUGUCCAAUAUGAUAACGCCGGUGUCGACAGCGACUCAGAGCGUCAUUAAGUUGCAAGCCUUGAUAGCUGGACAGUCUGCACCGAGUGAAGGUCUCUUGCAAAUGCUCAAUAAUUGCUCCCAAGAUGUCAAGCCUUUGAUCGAGUCGAAGGUCAAGCAACUCGGCGAACUGUUCUGUGCGAAUUAUAACAACAAUGCGAGUGCCGCCGCGAAUGACAACUCGAAGUCGGAUUUUGGCAAAAAACGUCUUCUCAUGGGUCAGACUCUGUUUUAUAAACUCUUGGAAAUGAUCUUGAACGAUGAAAAGCGUAAGAAGCCGAAUUACGAUAUGACUAAUCUCCUUUCAAACGAACAUUUCAUUCAGUGUCUGUUCGCUUGCUGCCUCGAAAUAGUGGUAUAUUCGUACAAGAGCAACGACAAAGUGUUCCCGUGGAUACUGAGAGCCUUGAAUCUCGAUGCAUACUAUUUCUACAAGGUCAUAGAAAUUAUUGUGAGAACCGAGGAUCAGCUGUCGCGGGAGGUUGUCAAGCAUCUAAAUCAGAUCGAGGAGAAGAUACUGGAGUCGCUGGCUUGGCAGAGCGACAGUCCUCUGUGGCAGACCAUCGAAUCUCUGGCGGAUGGCGUGCCGAGCUGCGAGGAAGUGUCUCUGCCCGGAACUUUGGAGACCGUCGAUCCGAACACACCUGGGCAACCUGUAUUAAGACGAAUCGCUCUUGAUCGGGGCGCUCAUCAUGAUGUUCAGAGUCCGAUCUCUUCUGCUUCAGAGAGAUUUCAGUCUCCCAUCGCGGUAUCUGGCAUAGCGAAGAAACGGUUGUUCCCGGACAACAGAAGUACCGGUCAAAGUGUGCUGCGAGUCGGGCAGAGUGUACUGUCUUCGAAGGUCAUGAUAGACGGUAACCAAAGGAUACUCCUGGUGCCGGAUCAGAUCGCAGUUUCGAAAGCGUCGGUUACACAGGCAUCGAGCAGCGGCACAGCCGUGGUACAGCAAGCUGUGCAGGCGUCGAACAGGGACGCGGUUAGACCGAGGAGAACGGGCUCUGUCGCGCUGUUUUUCCGGAAGUUCUACAAUCUAGCCUGCGUGCGCAUGCAGGACCUGUGCAAUUCGCUGGAGAUCGAGGAGGAGGAGGACAAGAAGAAGAUCUGGACGAUUUUCGAGUAUUCGAUCAAGGAGCGUACCAAGUUAAUGAAAGACCGGCAUCUCGAUCAGAUAUUAAUGUGUGCAACCUACGUAAUAUGUAAGCUCGUGAAGAUGGAGAAGAAUUCGUUCACCGAGAUCAUGCGGUGUUACCGUCUGCAGCCACAGGCGGAGUCACACAUCUACAGGUCGGUGCUGAUCGAUAAGGUCUCGGGUAACGAGCAGCCGACAACCGUCCCCGGCGGCAGCGAGAGACCAACGGAGGGCAACGGCGCGUUGCCGGAGAAGAACGCGACCCCACCGACCCCGACGAACAUGAUUGGAACAUCGCAGAACUUCGACGGCGUGACGCGCGGCGACCUGAUCAAAUUUUACAACACGAUAUACGUGCCGGAGGUGAAGGAAUUCGCGAAUCGAUUUGGCUCGACUCGCGGCAGCGUUAUGAAUCUCUCGCUGAGCCCCCUGCCAAAGGGAAAGCCGCCCGCUAGCUCGCCCGUGAGGCGCGUCACCAGCAGUAUCAUGACGCGCACCUUAGAUCCGAAAGCUAUCAGCGCGUCGCCGGCGCCGCAAUUAAGUUAUUGCUUCAGUCGCAGCCCCGCCAAGGACUUAGAAGCCAUCAAUAGAAUGAUGAUAUCCGUUGAUGCGAGAAAAGGCGUGGGGAAGCGAUUACUUACGGACGACACCGACGUAGAAAUGGCCGAGGCUACAUCCCCUACCAAAAAGACAACGACUUUUGUCGCGCGGAAGUUAGAAAAUAUUAUCGGCGAGCGACGAACGCAAAAUCAAUAAGCGAAAUGUGGUAAAAAAAAAAAUAAAGCGUUAAAACUAUUCGUAACUUA